AUGUCUGAGUCCAUUUAUUGGACUCGUGUGCCAUGUGGUGGCCACAAACGCCCAAUCCCUAAGGGUGGGACCUAUGGCAAGCCUGUCCUUCAUGAUGUUAUCCAGCUAAAGUUUGGCCAAAGCCUUCAGCCUGUCACAGAGGAGAGAGCUGGAUGCCAUUGUGGGACUCUGAGAGUCCUGAAUUCUUGCUGGGCUAGUGAAGAUUCCACAUACAAAUUCUUUGAGAUUAUCCUCAUUGAUCCAUUCCGUAAAGCUAUCAGAAGAAAGCCUGACACCCAGUGGAUCACCAAACCAGUCCACAAGCUCAGGAAGAUGGAAAGGCUGACAUCUGCAGACCAUGAGAGCCAUGGCCUUGGACAGUUGUAUCACACCAUUGGUGGUUUUCACUAUGCGGAAUAG